AUGCACUCGGAGGACAGCAUCGAGCAGCUGCUUAUGAUGGAGAUGGAGCGGGAGGUUGAGCGGAACAAGGCGAGCCGGCCGGAGCCGCACGGGAACACGACCGCGUUGCCUCCGCCCUUCGAAAUCUCCCCCAUUGAUGACCACCUCGCAAAGAAAGAGGAAGAGGCCAUCAAGGCAGAAAUUCAACGCAGAUUGCGGGCGAAGGAGCAGGAACGAACAAGCCGAGAUAACUCGGUUUCUUCAUCCUCACCUCUCAACAACUCAAUUCCGCUUGCGACUGCUGCCCCACACGCAUCUAAACAAACCGGAAGCAAAACAAAUGCCGAGGAGCUUGCACGGAGGGAGGCCGAGGAGCUUGCACGGAGGGAGGCCGAGGAGCGUGCACGGAGGGAGGCCGAGGAGCGC